UCCGUCAAACUUCGGAUAAGGACAAUUGUCGAAAUGUUCCGAAUGAUCGCGAGAAACUUCGGGAAAAUUGUAAAUACGAGUGACUUCUGAAUUAAAUUAAUUUUCAUCUUAUAAGCCAAUGUUAAUAUUUUCAGAAUGGCUGAAAAGCUAAAGGAACAGACUGAUAACCAGUUGGUACCAGUGAGCUAUGGACCAAGUAAAGCUGUGGUCCCUUUGAAGGAGGUUCGGUCAGAUGCUGAGGUCAAGCAUGGAAUAGUUCAUUUCUCAACCCACAUUGCUCCCCUGCGUUUGCACACUAAUCUCAAUAUUCCUCCAUCUAAUUGGUUAAGAAGCUCCUCUAAGCUCGAGCAACAUGUUCAUGAUCUCACAUGGCGAAGCUCACGUAAACCGUCAGAAUUUUCCAGUAUUGACAUGUCCCACAAGUCACCUGACCUAGCUGGUGAAGUAGAUGUCAUAACACAUGCUGCUAAUAUAAAGAAACUGCUAAAGAUACCAUUUGAGAAUUCUCACAUCAGUAUGAUGGUCCAUAGAGUAGGCAAGUCAUUGUUGCUGGACGAGUUUGAUAUUCAUAAACAUUUAUUAAGGAAGGAACAGACGGAAUGGGCUUGGCUUAGGCAGUUCUAUUAUGAAUAUGUGCUGGACAAUAUGAAAUGUGUACCAAGACAGAGUAAGAGUAGAGAUAAUCUACAGAACAGAAAUAUGUACUCCAAGUUCCUUUAUCACAGUCUAUGUGAGUCAGCAGAAAGUGGUGUAUGUAUGAUCAAUCAAGGUUUAAUGUCAAAUGAGGAUAAGACGGUGAUUCCUGAUCCCUUACCAAAGGCAGCUGGAAGUCAGACCCAUCGUGAUGUGUUAUGGACAUUUGAAGAUAUUAAGAUGUUGAUUGGAACAGAUUUACCAGUAUUUUGUGAUGACAGCUACUGUGUUAGUCUUAGACUCAGCGACAUGAGGACUCCAGUAAAUGUGUUAACAGGCCUGGACUAUUGGUUGGAUAACUUAAUGUGCAACGUCCCAGAAGUAGCCAUGUGUUUCCAUGUGAAUGGUAUUGUACAGAAAUAUGAGAUUGUUAAAACGGAGGACAUUCCUCACCUAGAGAACUCCAGAUUUGAUCCAACAGUUGUGACAGACAUAGCCAAGAACAUCCUGUCAUUCCUAAAAACCAACGCCACUAAAGAAGGUCAUACAUAUUGGCUGUAUAAAGGUACAAAUGAUGACGUGGUGAAACUUUAUGAUCUGACAACAGUGUGUAGUGACAUGGAGAAGAACUUUUCAGAACAGAAUCCCUUCACAGUUCCUCUUGGCAUGCUGUUGUACAGAGUAGCUCGGAAAAUGUGGACAGAUCAGAAAUUAGCUAAAACAGCCCUCAUUAGAACACUCCUGGAGAAUUGUCUUUGUCUUUUAGAUGAGAAGAAACAUUCUCAGGUGUGUACAUCUGCUAGCUACCUUCUAUCAGACAUUUAUGUACCAGAUAAAUCUCUAGAUGAUGAUUGGUCACUACCUAUAGAGGCAGAGGAAGAGGAGAAUGGCAAUGAGGAACAGGGACAGGAUACUGAGGAAGUAAAGGAGAUGUCAAACUCUGUUGAUGUGAAAACAUUAUCUGAGAGGAGCAGUAGAUCUCGCUCUAAAGAACUUGUACGAAUGAAGCCAUUCAAUGAAACAGUUGAUGAGAGGUGUACCGAAGCUGUGAAAUGUAUUCAUAAGGGUUUGGCGUGUUUAGAAUAUGAUUUAAAAGUGGGCUCACAUAAACAAUCGCAUAUUGUUGAAGAACAAGCAAAAUGUGACUCGGACACGGCCAUUCCCCUACAUUAUGAACCAUUGAAGAAAACAGCAGCCACUGAUAGCCCAGUGUUAGAUACAGGGAGGUCUUCAAGAACAGGUGACCUUCAGAUGACCUCGUUUAACAAGGAAGGAGAUGAACAACCAGAGGGACAAACGUGGCAUCAUUUGUCAAAGGGUUUAUUAUAUAGAAAGGCAGCAAUGACAUUUUCUGCAAUGGCUAGAGGCUGUAUGAAUAAAGCUGAAUAUAUAGAGGCUGUCAAAUACUUGAAGCUUGCAAUGUAUUCAUUAAAUGCCAUGAAAGUUGUGAUACCUCAUAAAGUUUCAGAGAAUAGUGCCUUACUUUCUAAUUUGAUGGGUUUAUGUGGUGACAUUAGACUGGUUGUAACACAAUCACAUCACCUUGAAAUCGACUGGGACACAACGUGGAAAUCUUCUCCAACAGAGGAAACUGCAAUUCUAGAAAUGGCAGAAAAGGAAUUUGAAAGCUUUGAAUAUGAGGGCAUUUUCAAGUUUGGGUGUAGUGUACUAGACAGCUUGACUGUUUGUAUUAACUGUUACAGAGAGGCAAUCGAUCUUAUAUCUAAGAAAAAAGGACAUGUAUACUUACCCCUGUGUAAGAGGAAGGGAAAUUGUCUCAAUGAAUUAGGUGUCUUUUACAUGCAGAGUGCACAGAAAUUGUUAGAAACUGAAGUUAUAAUUGACAAACCAUCACCAGAAAUGAUGACAUGCUGGGUUAAAGGUCGUCAGGCAUUCUCGGAGGGUAUAGAAGUAUUUGAGAAAAUAGAAGAUAUAGCUAACCAAGCUUUACUUCAUUGUAAUUGUGGUCGUCUUAUGCGAUUAUGUGCCACAACUUACACUCAAAUAGCGUUAAAAUCCGAAAAACAAGAAUUUACUCCUAAUGAAAGGCAUUAUUUUCAAUUGAUUGUGUAA